UUAAUUUCUAGCUGGGCUCGCUGGCUGCUUCGCCUCCCAAGCCGCCGCUCUUCGCCGCCGCCGCUUCACAUCCCCGCCAGACGCCGCCCUUACGAGUCAAACUACCUCCGCGAAUAGUCAGACUUGACAAGAAUGGCAGAAGACACCCCUGUGGACAGCCCCAAACGCAAGCGUGGACGCCCACCAAAGCCUGAAAUUUUUAAAGUCAUGGCUGAAGACAACCCCACUGACAGCCCCAAGCGCAAGCGUGGACGUCCCCCAAAGCCAGAGAGUGAGAAGGCUGCUGCUAAGCGCAAGGCUGCGGACUCUGGAGAUGAUUCUGCCCCCAAGAGGGGACGAGGCCGCCCCAAGGGUAGCAAAAACAAGAGCAAGAAGGGCUCCCCAGCAAAGGGCACUGGCAAGCGAGGUCGCCCCCCAAAGAAUGCCCCCAAGGAAUCAGCUUCGGAGGAGUCUGCUGAAGAUGCAGAGUAAAUUUAAGUGUUGUGGGAGGCACCAUUACCCCCCUGUUACAGGGCUGCUGUUAAAGGGGAAUAAAUAACAAAACAAAAAAAGCAUAAGGACCAAACCAUUAUGGGAAGACCUCGUUCUCAAAUUUUUGGUCUCUGUGCAACUUGGGACAGGCACUCAGAUUAUCUUGCUUUUGAAGGCUUUGAUUUAUAUACACCUUUAUACCUGUGGCAGCCCUUGUAUACCCCUACGUUGUGUGUGCUUCUUUAAUGCCUACAUCAAGUCUUUAUACUUCCAAAUAGCCAAAAAAGUACCUAUUUUUCUAUGUAUUUACAUCAGUAAUGGCUUCAUGAGUAGAGAAUGUAGGUAGGGGUGCAGAGGGUAUGGUGGUGUGGUCUGCAACAAUCCUAUUAUUAUUUUUUCAUGUUUCUUGUAGGUGUUAUCAGUGAAAGUGGUUUAAAAAAUUCAUUGCUAUUCUCUCUUCAGAGUACAAAAUGUGUAGUGCAUUAUUAUUAUGUUUAUUUUGUUAAUUUCUUGAGAGAGAAAACAUUUUUAAGUCAGCAUUCACUUGUGGGAAAAGAUCUGAAAAUUGUCCCUUGAUCACCUUCACCCAUUCAUGUUUCUUCAUUGUGAUCAAUUAUUGAUCAAUAGUUUUCAGCCUUUUGCAAACCUCUUCAUUUUGGGACCAACUAUUCCCAAGCAAUUGGUAUUUUAUAUUUUGUUCAGGGUGAUUAACCCUGUAAUAUCAUUUUACUUUGUACCAAUAAAAUUCAUUUAGUUGUAACAUAUGCAUCUUUUCUUAUGAUGACCUUUGUAAUAUUUAAGUUCUUAUGAUUUGUUGAAACUACUGUUGGGAAAAUGUUCAGAAAGCUUGCAAGGGUUUGGAUUUUUGAAACUACACUAUAUAUUUGGACAAUUUGCCUAGGCGAGUUUAAGAUGUAGUACAGAUGAAUCGACAUUGUUUAACAACCAAUAUUGCAAAGAAUAUUCUAAGUAAAAGCUUGAGUAAUUUUCAGCUUGAGCAAAAAUUUGAAACAGUCCGUGAUGCUACAGUUUUUGACAACCUCUUCCAAGCUUUUACAUUGUUCUGGAAAUUGGUAAUAGAUGGGCAGAGCUUGCUUGCUUUGGAAAUAAUGGUUGCUCAAACAAUUUUACUCUCGGUUAAACUAGUUGAACAUUGGUCUGUACAUACACCAUAUAUGUUCUUGAUUGUCUACGUGUAAUUUUUUGUAUUCUGAACAGUGAACAAUCCAGAGAAUAAAUGUUUUCGUUAACCA